CCAUCUCUAGCAAGCGUACCGGAAUGGAAAAAAAGUAGUUGUUUGCUAAUUUUGCUGAUUUUCGAACAAUUUCACAAGCUUGGAGCCUGUAAAGUGAUUUUUGGCACUUAAUUUCUUGGCUCAGGGCCGCCGCAACCAUGUCGAACUGCAUAGAAAUUCCGCUGCAGGACACCGAUGAGGUGAUCGAGGUAGACCCGGAUCAACUGCCCGACUGUCUGGAAGUGCUGAGCAUUCUCAAGCAGGAGCGUGCACCACUGCAUGUUUGGGUCAAUGUUGCGCUUGCCUACUACAAGCAAAAAAAGACGUCGGACUUUGUUACCCUACUGGAGGAGUCUCGCAGCGAUGAUGCUACCAAGGAGUACCGCGACUCGGACAAGGACCUCAUGCGCGCCCUGGACAUGCUGGCCGCCCAUUAUGUCCAGGAGGCGUACCGUGAGAAGUCCAAGGACAAGAAGCGCGAGCUCUUCAUGAAGGCCACUAACUUGUACACCAGUGCCGACAAGAUCAUCAUGUACGACCAGAGCCAUCUGCUGGGCAGGGCCUACUUCUGCCUUCUUGAGGGCGACAAGAUGGACCAGGCGGAUGCCCAGUUCAACUUUGUGCUCAAUCAGUCCCCCUCGAAUAUUCCCUCGCUGCUGGGCAAGGCUUGCAUCGCCUUUAAUCGCAAGGACUACCGCGGAGCAAUGGCUUUCUACAAGAAAGCACUGCGCACAAACCCAAACUGCCCAGCUAACGUGAGGAUUGGCAUGGCCCACUGCUUUCUAAAAAUGGGCAAUCCUGAAAAGGCCAAACUUGCCUUCGAGCGUGCGCUCCAGCUGGAUCAGCAGUGUGUGGGUGCUUUGAUUGGCCUAGCCGUGCUGAAACUCAACCAACUGGAGCCGGAAUCCAACAAGCUGGGUGUGCAGAUGCUCUCAAAGGCGUAUACCAUCGACAAUGCCAAUCCUAUGGUGCUCAAUCACCUGGCCAAUCACUUCUUCUUUAAGAAGGACUAUCAGAAGGUUCACCAUCUGGCGCUGCAUGCCUUUCACAACACCGAGAACGAGGCGAUGCGCGCUGAAAGCUGUUACCAGCUGGCCAGGAGCUUCCACGCCCAGAGCGACUACGAUCAGGCCUUUCAGUACUACUACCAGUCCACUCAGAUUGCGCCAGCCAACUUUGUUUUGCCACAUUACGGACUGGGUCAGAUGUACAUAUAUCGAGGCGACACGGAGAAUGCGGCUCAGUGCUUUGAGAAGGUCUUGAAAAUCCAGCCCGGAAAUUAUGAGACCAUGAAAAUCCUUGGCUCAUUAUAUGCUCACUCCAACUCGCAAACCAAGCGGGACAUGGCAAAGACUCACUUAAAGAAAGUCACCGAGCAGUUUCCCGAGGAUAUUGAAGCCUGGAUAGAACUGGCCCAGAUUUUAGAGCAGAACGAUUUGCAGGCUUCGUUAAAUGCCUAUGGUACAGCCUCAAGUAUUCUUCGGGACAAAGCCAAGUAUGAGAUUCCUGCUGAGAUUCAAAACAAUGUGGCCUCGCUGCACUACCGCUUGGGAAAUUUAAAGAUGGCCAAGGACACGUUGGAGUCUGCUCUGAAGCACGCCACCUCUGAAAUGGACAAGGAUGUGAAGUACUACGAGUCCAUCCAGGUCACCAUGAAAUACAACCUGGCUCGUCUAAACGAAGCAAUGAGCAGCUACGAUGUUGCCGACAAGCUGUACAAGGAAAUCCUUAAGGAGCAUCCUAACUAUAUCGAUUGCUACCUGCGGCUGGGUUGCAUGGCCAGGGACAAGGGUUUGAUUUUUGUUGCCUCUGAUUUCUUCAAGGAUGCUCUGAACAUUAACAACGACAAUCCUGACGCCAGAUCUCUGCUGGGCAACCUUCAUUUGGCCAAAAUGCAAUUCGCUUUGGGACAGAAGAACUUCGAAACGAUUCUCAAGAACCCAGCUACUUCUACAGAUGCUUAUUCACUAAUUGCCCUCGGAAACUUUUCCUUGCAGACAUUGCAUCAACCGAGUAGGGACAAGGAGAAGGAGAGAAAGCACCAGGAAAAAGCAUUGGCAAUAUUUAAGCAGGUUCUUCGCAAUGAUCCUCGUAACAUUUGGGCCACCAAUGGAAUCGGAGCUGUGCUGGCCCAUAAAGGAUGUGUAAUCGAGGCGCGGGAUAUCUUUGCUCAGGUUCGCGAAGCAACUGCUGACUUCUGCGACGUGUGGCUGAACAUUGCGCAUGUUUAUGUGGAGCAGAAACAGUACAUCAGUGCCAUCCAGAUGUACGAAAACUGCAUGAAGAAGUUCUACAAGCACAAUAACGUCGAGGUGAUGCAAUAUCUAGCAAGAGCUUAUCUUCGGGCCAACAAGCUUGUGGAGGCCAAGGCAGUGCUCCUUAAGGCCCGCCGUGUUGCUCCUCAGGAUACUGUUUUACUGUUCAAUAUAGCAGUAGUGCUCUCGCGACUAGCCAUGGCCAUACUCAAGGAUGAGAAAUCCACUCUGGAGGUUGUGUUGCAGGCGGUUCACGAACUAGAACUGGCUCAAAAAUACUUUCAAUACCUGUCCGUGCACGGCGACAAGAACCGCUUCAACAUCGAGGUGGCUGGAAUUGAGGCGAACACUUGCCAGGAUCUGCUUUCACAGGCCCAAUAUCAUGUUGGUCGUGCUCGCCGCAUUGACGAGGAGGAGCGGUCGCUGCGCCGAAAACAGGAAGAGGAGCGUGAGGCCUUUAAGAUUAAAGUGGCCGAACAGCGUAAGCGGCGUGAGGAGGAGGCCAAGACCUCUAGAGACCAGUUGCUGGCCAAGCGACAGGAGUACGUGGAAAAAACCAAGAACAUGCUCAUCAUCGCCGAUUCGGCCCCGGAAAAGGAGCGCCAAAAAGGAGGCGGUCGUCCGCGCAAGGAUGACUAUAUUUCGGGCACCGAUAGCGACAAUGACGGCGCACGCCGAGAAGGAGAGCGUCCCACAAAGAAGAAGAGCAAGGGAGAGCGCAAGAAGGGCAACGGACGCAAACGGAAGACCGAGAAGUACGAGAGCGACAGCGAGGAGGAACCGAGGGCCAGCGGCAAAUCAGGCAAAAAGAAGGGCAAGAAGCCCAAGCCCGUUAAGGAGGUCAAGGAGAAACUUUCGGCCAAGCAACGUCUCAAGGUUCUGUCCAAGGAGACGAUUUCCACCAGCGAAUCAGAGUCGGACGGCAAGCGAAGCAAGAGCCGUAGUAGAAGCAGAAGCCGGAGUCGCAGUCGGAAUCGCAGCGAAAGCCGGAGUGGCAGUGGAUCUGGUAGUGGCAGUGAUCGGGAUGCCAGCCGCAAGCGGAGCAGGAGCAGGAGUGGCUCCGGCUCCGGCAGCGACAGCGAUGGGGCUACCAAGCGCAAGCGGGCCAAGAACCGCAUCGAAUCUGGAGGCGAAUCGGAUCGGUCUGGCUCCCGUGCCCGGUCCAAUUCAGGUUCCCGCUCAAGAUCGCGCUCGAAGUCUGGAUCUCGCUCUAGAUCCCGCUCCAAGUCGGGUUCUCGCUCUAGGUCACGCUCAAAGUCCGGUUCCCGCUCAAGAUCUCGCUCACAGUCGGGAUCAAGGUCUCGCUCCCGCUCUGGCAGCAGGUCCAAGUCGGGAUCCCGCAGUAGGUCCGGAUCGCCGGCAAAAUAACGCACGAUACAACCAGGUUAAAUCACUUUUGACUAUAUUUAGAGUUUCCUUCGAGAGAUGCAAAAAGAUACUAAUAAAAACAAACUAAUUGCCAAUCAAAGGCAGUGGAGGAA